AUGUCUCCUGGACGCUCCUCGGGGCAUUCGUCGCCUUUGAAGCCGCUUCAUCUGGUCACCGAUAUGGAUGGCAGACCGCACCACCAGAGCAGGCAAGGCCUCGUAGACUUCGACGAAAUAAAGCGAGCCCACGAGGAAGACGCAGCCCUCAAAGCGCGAAUCCGCCGCCUACGCGUCAUAUCCCGCGUCCUCGCCUUCCUAAUCUCCAUCGCAGUCUUCAUCCCCAUCACUUUAACGCUGCACAAAUUCCUCACCACGCAGAACACCUACCACGACGUCGCGGGCCCCGACGGCAGCACGACGCGCCGCACCGCCUGGGCCAAGGACUCCAAGGUCUGGCCCACGUGGAUGUACUUCCUGAUCGCGGGCGUCUCGCUGCUGCUCAACUUCGUCAUCCUGUUCAGCUACAAGUUCGGCAUCGAGACCGCGAACAAGGCGGCCAUGGUCGCGACGACGUUCACCUGGGUCGUCAUGCUGGGGAACCUGGUCGUGUGGAGCGUUGCGGCGAGCUUGUAUCGCACGGAGAAGGAUAAGGAUGGCAAGAGUAAUGAUCUGUGGGGCUGGACGUGUAGUGCGGCAGCGAGGGCGAUUCAGAAGGAGUUUGCGAAGGAGGUGGAUUUCGAUCGGUUUUGCAGCGUGCAGAGCAUCUCCUGGUACAUCGGGCUCGUGCAGGUUGCUGCUGCGGUGCUGACGGUGGUUAUCUACGUGUUUGUCCUGAUGCGGCGGCGGAGCAAGAAGAAGCUCAAGCGGCAAUCCAAAAUACUCUCGCAGUAUCCGGAUAACUACUGA